UCGCGUCAUCGCAUGCAAACAAAACUGAUGUUGCUUUCGGUUUAUUAAAACUUUUUAAAAUCGUAAGAAGUAGUAAAUAUAUAUUUCGAUGGACUUCACGGGCCAACAUAGUGAGCUUUGAGUUUGGUUUAUUGGGUAUUGCAUUACUUAUUAGAUCUUGCCAACUUGCUGCUAAAUAAUAUUGCAUCAUCAGAUCAUCUGUGCGAAAAGACCAAGCUGCUGCACUGCUAGGACCACCUGGAACAGGAUCUAUAUCAUUUGCCCUGCCUCAGCAGUAGAAUCUCCAGCUCUUUGACAGGAUAUCGCAUGAGCAAACCUGACACUUCGCGUCUUCAUCAGUAGCGCUCUCUUCCCUCCCAAAUCUUAUGGCCACUUGUGAGAUGCCUCUUAAUAGUCCGUCUCCGGAGUUUCUCGUGUGUGCUGGUGCGUUUGCAAGUGUUCUCGUCUUGAAGUACUGGCUUUCACGGGAAUCGGAUAGAAAGGAUAGCGAGCAACGGUUACUUUCCUCCAUACCUUUAAAAAAUCCUUCGCGAGCAGAAGCUGAUGCUCGUAGCAACGAUGGGCCUCCAACCGCGUCGUUGGAACCAUCUGCAGCGCGGGUUCAUAGUGGAAGCCACACGGAAGCUCCCGAAUGCGCACCAAACGGCCAUGUAUCCGGAAUUUCUCGAGGUUUGAUUCCGGUCAAUGGCUUGGAAAACUUGGGUAACACUUGUUACAUAAAUUCGCUGAUCCAAGCUGUUAUAUGUAUUCCGGAGUUUAUCAGCUGGAUGCGGCGCUCGCAAAUAACUGUAUGCCGUAGGCAAGAGACGAAGAACUGUGGUGAAAAGCAGCCACUGGAUACUCCAGUCAAAUUUAGACGCGCUCUUGUGCCUGCCAGCGAAAGACGAACUCGCAACUUCUUUCAUUCUUUGCUACGUUUGGAGGAGGUGUUGGGUUAUCGAAAUGGUGCAAAUCUAAAGCGUUAUGCUGCAGCGUCGUUGAUUAGUGCAAUGUUUGAUGGUUUGGAUCCAACGGUCUGCCAUUAUCAGCAGGAUCCAGAUGAACUAUUCCUGUACAUGAUGAACUUGCUCUCCAAAUCAUGGAAUCUGAAUCACACUCCACUGUUCCCCUUUUGUACUGUUGGCGACUACUUCCGCGGGGAUCCGUCCUCGGUUCAGAUAGCCGUCAGUGUUGCGGGUGCGCAUCUUGAAGAUGCUCCUCCAUCUAGUACAUUUCGUCCGUGGAUGUCCCUCCCCUUUCAGGGCCUUUUACACCAAGAUCUGUUAUGUGUAAUCUGCAGGCGGUCGCGAGCGCAGCCAUUAGAAUGUUUUAACAGCCUGUCCGUGAGCCUUCCUGCUGGUCGACACGGAAAUCUGGGCUACACACUGGAAGCUCUCCUCGGUAAAUAUUUUCUGCCGGACGAUCUGGAUGCUGUGGAAUGUCCACAUUGCAUUAUCUCCAAAACCAGUGUUCCUCAAGGGAAACCUUCGCUGACACCUCACUUGAAGCGAACAUCGAUUGCACGGUUUCCAAAAGUUCUUUGUAUUCAUAUCAGAAGAACUGUAUGGGGUGGCACCUAUUCCUGGAAGCGCCGAGAUCCUGUGAACUUUUCAGCAAACUUAUUUCUGAACGAGUUCUCAUGGGCCAAACACGUGGGUGCUAAUGAUACUUGCUCGAGGGACAUGACUGGAAGGAUCUCUAUAAAUGCCACCAGCAACUCUUCAUCACACGAAGCUCGUGGGGUGUAUAUCCUCAAAUCCGUGAUUGUCCAUGUGGGAGAGAGCAGUUCACGAGGUCACAUUGUGGCCUACCGCAAAGGACCGGUUGGAUCUCGUAAUGCGGAUUGGUGGUACUAUACCAGUGACGAUGUGGUACGGCAGACUACUUGGAAUGAAGUGGAAAAUGCUGAUCCGUACAUGUUGUUUUACGAACUUUCAAAAUGAUCGCUUAGUUUAAAAGUGAUUUGCACUUUGUAUUGCGUUGUCUUGUCUAAUUAUUCUGUGAUAUUAUGGCGACUAUGGGUGAAUCAAGUUGCAGUGAUGUUAAGUAAAGUUUAGCUGAUAUGAAAUGCCUGUCUGUUUUGUUUUUCCCAACGCACAGGAUAUUAAUUUAUAAUAGCUAACGUAAUCUUAUUUUCGGUUUGUCAAGGUCGUGAUGUUUUGGUUCUAUA